CUUAAAAUCCAACUCUAGUAGGUGUACUAGCAUUUUCACUACUAGAGUCUACUACUUUCAUGCAGCAAACGGUGCAGGGGUUGCUCUGAGUCUGAGAACACACGAAACCAUGGCCAAGGCAGUUGCAGUGCUUAGCAGCAAUGAGGGUGUCAAGGGCACCAUCUACUUCACACAGGAAGGAGAUGGCCCCACGAACGUAACUGGAAAUAUCUCCGGCCUUAAGCCUGGGCUCCAUGGCCUUCAUGUACACGCCCUUGGUGACACGACCAAUGGUUGCAUGUCGACUGGGCCUCAUUUCAAUCCAACUGCCAAGGAUCAUGGUGCUCCUGAUGAUGAGAUUCGACACGCUGGUGAUCUUGGCAACAUCACAGCUGAAGACGACGGUACCGUUACUCUCACCAUCGUUGACAAGCAGAUACCCCUUUCGGGACCACAUUCCAUUGUUGGGAGGGCUAUAGUUGUCCAUACUGAUCCUGAUGAUCUUGGAAGAGGUGGACAUGAACUUAGCAAGGCCACUGGAAAUGCUGGUGGAAGAGUUGCUUGUGGUAUCAUCGGCCUGCAAGGCUGAGCACACCUGCCCGGAGGCUAAAUACACCCUGUCGUGGCCACUACUUCUCUAUAGAUUAUAUCCUUGACCUUGGUUUCGUGCGAGUAGACACUAUACUGUGUUACGUAGACUGUUCCUAUAAUCUAAAUAAAGGCUUGUCGUAAGGAUUUUAUGCAAUGCAAUCGUAGCCGUCUGCUUAUCCAGAUAUUCCGUCGUCGGCAUCGUCAUAAAUUUGUGUUUGAUCAUCCAAGCAUACAUGUAUUUUGAGCCUAUGCAUUUUGAUGAUGGUGGGAGUUAGAUUUUUGCCAUCCUCAUUGUGCCUUAUGAAUUGUUUUCAUUUCAUUGAAGCACAAACUAAUGUUUUUUGUUAGCCCCUUUAGAUUCGAAUAGUGUUUCGUUUAAUAUUUUAAAAUUUGCCA